AUGCAGUGUACGCCGAAUGUGGAUGGAGCGUGUCCGGGCAACUUCUUCUGCUGGUUCUCCACCACAGCCACUUCAGUCAAUGCGUUCUACUGUUGUCGUUCGCCAGAUAGCGUAGAUACAGAUGUGAACUGCCCGCCUCAACUCGUACCUGUACCUGGAGAGGGUGGCGCACAGUACAAGUACUGCUCGCCCUCAGCGCCACUCAACGACGCAAUCCAGGGAUGCGGAGCUAAUAGACAUUGCCAGUUCAGCACAAACCUCGAGAGGUACAUUUGUUGCGGACUGGAGUCAGAUGUCAGAUUACCUAACGUUUGUCCACCACAGCCAGCAAACCUUGUUCCGGUAGAACUUGCCGGAAAUUACCGUACCUGCAAUCCUUACGCAAGGGCCGGAACACCUCAAAGUUGUCCAGAUAAUUCUGCUUGUCUGUACACCGGAAAUGACAACGGUUUCAUUUGCUGUCGGGUACAGUUGGGUGGAGGAAAGGCGUGA